AUGCCUUCUGUUUUGUAUAUCUUCCUCAUCAGCUUCCUAAUUGUAUAUAGCGAAGCAUCGUUCGAUGGGAAAGAUGCUGAGAAUGCCAUCGGGCAAGCGGAAGCCGACCGCGACCGCAAAAUUGUGGUUCCAAGCGCAGAGGUUGAAGUUGAAAAUGUGAUGCAGUGCCCAAGAGCAUUGUCCGAUGUUGAAUCACCCAGCGUGAGCGGAAGCUCCACAAAACACUCCCUGUAUAAUCCCAAUAGAUUCCCUCACUAUCCAGAAGAUGAACCUUCCAGAAGCAAGUUUCUAUUUCAACGAGCAAGUGAGGUUUUGGACCAUCUCAUCAAGAACCCCGCAGCACUUCGGGAUGAGAGCGAGAAGCCUCCCUAUGAUCUCCCAUGGCCUAUGGGCAAGCCUCAUCCGGCCUUUUGGGUAGUCUCAGAGCUCCUCACAACCAGAUUAAAAUACCAUUACAAGUACGACUUCAAACACAAAGUAACUGUGGGCCAAGACAUCGAAGCUAUGGAGAAAUCUGUCCCGGAGCUUUCUGAGAUCCUUAGGAAGAUUGAUCAACUCAGUACUUAUGAGCUUUCGCUUUCAAAGACCCCAGUAGUUCAAAUCAACUUCCGUGUUGCUUAUCAAGAGGACUUCUCCAACUUCGAGCCAGAGGACGCAACAGAAUUCGAUAAGCUUUCUACGGAGAAGAUUGCUAAACUUGAAGCUCUACUGCUAAAACUACAGCCACUGAACAAUGUUGCUGGAUGGGUGGAGCGGCGUGUCAUAGUCGGAAAUUCCAAGGAGAAGAAGAUGGAUUCUUUGCCCACAUCCCAGAAGAAGCAGAAAGGUUGUUUUCCCAGACUCACACUACGCAAUUCAAAGAAAAAGUCACAAGAUGAGGUCAGGGAAGUUGAACCGAAAUAG